CGUGCUCGUCAGUUCCAAGUUUCUGCUUCAACAGUGAUUGAACAGAAGUAAGGUGACGUACGUUCUUGUUAUAUCUUUUAACAACAACUUUACUGGACUUUCUUGUCAAUUUAAUUGCCCAAAAUGUCUCUCUGUCGUCAAAACUACCAUGAGGAGUGCGAGGCUGGCAUCAACAAGCAGAUCAACCUUGAGUUGUACGCUAGCUAUGUCUACAUGUCCAUUGCCUACCAUUUUGAUCGUGACGAUGUGGCCCUCAAUGGCUUUCACAAGUACUUCAAGAAAGCCUCUGAUGAAGAGCGUGAACACGCUGAAAAGCUCAUGAAGUUCCAAAACCAGCGUGGAGGUCGCAUUGUGCUUCAGAACGUGAAGAAGCCAGAACGUGAUGAAUGGGGAACAGGACAGGACUCAAUGCAAGCUGCCCUUGACUUGGAGAAGUAUGUCAACCAGGCUCUCCUUGAUCUCCAUUGUGUUGCUGAGAAGCAUGGUGAUUCACAGAUGAUGGAUUUCAUUGAGGCUAACUACUUGCAUGAGCAAGUCGAGGCCAUCAAAGAACUUGCUGGACAUGUUACCAACCUCAAGCGUGUUGGACCUGGCCUGGGAGAGUACCAGUUUGACAAGGAAACCCUUGACGAAUGAAGCCAUGGUACUGCCCUUGACUUUGCUGUGUUAAAGCCUGGAUAAGGACUAACCUUAUACCCCCAACCCUUUAAGACUAGUAAAACUUGAUUUUUAGCGAUUGUUGUGUGUGAAUGAACAUGAGAGAUUUAGAAUAAAAGUUCAAAGAGCAUUCAA